AAUCGAUUAAUUUCAUUGGAGGGCAUCACUGUGUUUGAAGAGAGAGAAACGAAGAGAGAGAAACGAAGAGAGAGAGAAAAACACAGAGCACAGCACUCCUCAGCUCCGAAAUUGGAGUGGGGAGAAAAUUUGUAUGCGUUGGAUUUUGUAGAUCUGAACAAGGAAACAGUGUGCCUUUCCAUGAGGCUCGAGUUUUUUCCUGGGAACUCACCUGAAGAAAGAAAUCGAGAGGCUUUAGGUAAAGAAGAGCUUUGCAAUAAAAUGAAUGAAAAUUCUAUUCAACUUUGAUGAAAUGGUCCAUUGGAUGUCAGGGAUUAUUUUUAAGAUAAAUGACAAAUGUAUCAUUCAAAGAAUGUUCCUAGUGCAAGUUUAGUUGGAGGUAAUUCAUUAGUUCAUGGUCAGCACAUAGAUUGUGGUGGCAGCGCAAUGGAUCCUGGCAAUGGAGGAAACAGUCAUAGCAACAACUCUAAUCUUACCUCAAAACAACGUCUACGGUGGACACAUGAAUUACACGAGCGCUUCGUUGAUGCUGUGGCUCAACUUGGUGGGCCAGAUCGUGCCACACCCAAAGGUGUCCUUAGAGUUAUGGGUGUACAAGGAUUGACCAUUUACCAUGUCAAAAGCCAUUUACAGAAGUACCGACUAGCAAAAUAUUUACCGGAUUCCUCAUCUGAUGAAGGGAAAAAGGCUGACAAGAAAGAAACUGGGGAUGUGCUUUCCAAUCUCGAUGGUUCAUCUGGGAUGCAGAUUACUGAAGCACUAAAGCUUCAAAUGGAGGUCCAGAAGCGACUACAUGAACAAUUGGAGGUGCAGAGACAGCUACAAUUACGGAUAGAAGCCCAGGGUAAAUACCUGAAAAAGAUAAUCGAAGAACAACAGCGGCUCAGUGGGGUUCUUUCAGAGGCACCUGACACUGAGGUUGUGGCUGUGGUUCCGGGGGACGUGUGCCAAGAACCGGAUAAUAAGACCGACCCGUCUACCCCCGACCCAGAAAAGGCUGCCAAAGACCGUGUCCCAGCAAAGAGUCUUUCCAUGGAAUCUUUUUCAUCACACCAUGAACCAUUGACUCCAGAUUCUGGUUGCCAUAUUGGUUCCCCUGCUGACAGCCCUAAAGGGGAGAGAUCAACCAAGAAGCAACGGCUAAACAUGGACGGAUCGUAUUCAAAGCCAGACAUGGUGCUUCCACUUCAGAUACUGGAGUCAAGCAUGUCACAAUACCAACAUCCUAGCACUGUUUUUCUUGGCCAAGAGCAAUUUGAUCCUUCAUUGGGUAUGUCUACCAGAAGUGGUGAGGAAUUGGAUAAGGUUGGUGGCAGUAAUCUGUGAUUUGGUGUAAUGUGUAGGUUGUGUUCUAGGACUCAUUCUAUCUUCCUUCUAAGCUUAGUUUCUGUUUUCUAUGUAUUUCUUAAUAGACGAGAGGAUCUGAUCAUCAUAGAUUUCCAAGGUUCUUAGUUUUCAGUUCAAAUGUUCAGUACUUGACUAA